UUGUUGAAAAAAAUAACAGAUGAUAAUUAUGAAAAAUUAAAUCAAAACUAUUGAAUCUAAAUGACCAUUACAUUUAAAUGUUGUUUUAUGUCAUUUGAAUUGCACCCGUUUAUUAAUUUUAAUAACCAAGGAUAGAGAGCAGCAUAGUAGUCCACAACAGUAAUAUUACCUUCGUUUAUAAUAGGGUUAUAACAUCUGUUUUUUUAAUUUCCCCCUUAUCAUUUUAAUUUAUCCAGUUCUACUCUGCCUGUUCAAGCCGGUUAGAUUUGUCCCUCCGUAGAUACAGAAGUUAGCCCGGCUGCACCUUGUUUCGCGUUUGUGCACAUGUGUUGAAGAACUGUUUAUGGGCAUUAAAGAUCUUAAAUUUAUUUUAAGUUAAAAAGUUUCAAGUUUUGUAGUAUUAAAACAAUGUUUUCGAAAGUUGUCAAGGAAUCUCCAGCGUUAUUAUCAAAGCAAUAUGGGCUAUUUAUGCUGUAUAGAGAGGCAUCAAUAUGGGAAAAAGUCCCUAUGGGACCACCUGACACCAUAUUAGGCAUUACAGAAGCAUUUAAAAAAGAUAAAGACCCAAGGAAGAUAAAUUUGGGUGCUGGUACUUAUCGAGACGAUAAUGGAAAACCUUAUGUUUUGCCAACUGUUAAAGAGGCUGAAAAACGGAUUAUGGCAAAAAAUAUGAAUAAGGAAUAUGCUCCUAUUGCUGGUAUAAGUGAAUUUUGUCAACUUGCUGCUGGCUUUGCAUUUGGUGAAGAUAGCCCAGUACUAAAAAAUGGUUUGAAUGCCUCUGCACAAGCACUUUCUGGAACUGGUGCCUUAAGAUUAGGUUCUGCUUUUCUAUCUUCAUUCUAUCCACAUGCUAAAGAGGUUUAUCUGCCAGCACCUACAUGGGGAAACCAUAUUCCUGUUUUUAAACAUUGUGGCAUUAAUGUUAAAUAUUAUAAAUAUUAUGAUAAGCAGACUGUUGGCCUUGAUUUUAAGGGACUGAUGUCUGAUAUUAUGGGAUUUCCUGACCAUUCUAUACUCUUACUGCAUGCUUGUGCACAUAAUCCAACAGGAAUUGAUUUGAAACCAGAGCAGUGGAAGGAACUUUCAGCUCUUGUUAAAAAGAAAAAACAUUUUCCUUUUUUUGAUAUGGCUUACCAGGGGUUUGCAUCAGGGGAUCCUAUGAAAGAUGCUUUUGCUGUGCGGCAGUUUGUAGAUGACGGGCACCAAAUCAUCUUAUGUCAAUCUUUUGCAAAAAAUAUGGGACUUUAUGGUGAGAGAGCAGGAAAUUUUACAGUUGUAUGUAAGGAUAAAGAAGAAGUUGAACGUGUGAUGUCACAAAUAAAAAUUAUUAUUAGGCCAAUGUAUUCUAAUCCUCCUGUCCAUGGAGCAAGGAUUGUCCUAGAAAUAUUGUCUGAUCAAAAGCUCAGAAGUCAAUGGAUGCAAGAGGUUAAAGGAAUGGCUGAUAGAAUAAUUGGUGUCAGGAAGAAAUUAAAGGAUGAAUUGGCCAAACUUGGAUCUACAAGAAAUUGGAAUCACAUUACUGAUCAAAUUGGGAUGUUUUGUUUUACUGGUCUAACCCCUGAACAGGUUGACAGGAUGGCCAAAGAGUUCCACGUUUAUCUAACCAGAGAUGGUAGGAUUUCAGUGGCUGGUGUCUCAUCAACUAAUUAUCAGUAUCUUGCAAGUGCAAUGCACGCUUGUACCAAAUAACUAAUUUUAAACUGGGCAGAGUACCUUCAGAAAAUACUCAAUAAACUCUCUAAAUUUGUACUAUAAAGUAUUCUGAGAAUAUAUUAUUAUAAAUGGAGAUACAUUUUUAAUAAAAGUAUAUAUUAAUAUUUAAAGAUUAGAAAAAAUAUGUAGCAUUCUUUCAAUCAGUAUGUUACAAAGGAAACUUGAGCUGGCCAAGCAUUCACGUUGAAAGAUCACAGUAUAGUCCGUUUAGUUUUCAACAUCCACAUGUGUCCAAUAAACAUUUUUCUGUUGAGAUCCCAUAAAAUAAAAUUAUAUUUAUUUAUUAAAUCUUUGUAUUCCCAUUCCAGUGCCAAGGAAAGGACAACCCCUAAAUAGCUGUUGAAUUCAUACAAAAUGUGCAUAAGAAUCUGCUUUCCUUGAACAGUCAUCAUCCUAACUGAUUACUUAAGUUAUAAUAAAGAUUAGAAUAUAUAAAUACAAUAGAACAUAUAGAAAUGUCUAAAAUAGGAUUAGAAAUAAUUAAUGAGAUUGAGUUUCUGUUAGUACUAGUAUGAUUAGUAGUUUUUGCUAUGAAGUAAUUACAAUUUUGUAUUUAAUUUACCGAUUAUAAUGUACCGAUUUAAUUUAAUCAUGUCAUAUAAUUAAAAAUUCUAAUUUUAGACAAAUUAAUCAUCAAAAAGCAUUUUGAAUGUUUUUGUUUAUAGUAGUAGAUAUUACGAAUUAUUUUAUGGUCAGCAGUCAACAUGUUAUGAAAGGAGGCAAAAGAUAAGUAUAAGGAACAAUAAAAGUGUUGCAAAUUUUAAAGAAAUUAAAGUCAAUAAAAUAGUUACUUCUUAUUCGGCGUUACGACCCAUUAUUUAAGUCAUAGCCUCUCAAGCUUAGACCGCCAGUCCUCCCUGUUCCGUGCUGCUGCCUUCCAGUUCAUAACACUCAGCAGAGAUCUCGCAUCUGCAGCCACGCAGUCUUCCCAGCGAAGUGUGGGGCGUCCAACCCGCCUGGUACCAUACAUUUGCCCAGCUAAGAUCUUGUAAGAAACUUCGUUUGGAUCCAUCCUUAUGACGUGACCAGCCCAGCGAAGUCUAAAAUUAAAUUAAACAUCUUUAUGAAUGUUGAUACGUCUAUUUCUUUGUACCUCGCUCUUAACUCAGCAUUCGUUCUUCUUCUCCAUGCGCCUCCCUCAUAUAUACCACCAUAUAUACGGCGAAGCACUUUUCUUUCAAAACGGAGAAGGAGAUGCUCAAGGGCUUUAUUUGUAGUCCAACAUUCUGAGCCAUAUGUAAGAACUGGGCGUAUAAUUGUUUUGUAAAUUCUCAUUUUCGAGGCCUUCGACAACACACUACUUCUCAAGAGUUUAUGGAGGGAGAAAUAGGUGCGGUUUGCGGAGAGGAUCCGUCUUUGGAUUUCUUCUUCAAUGCAGUUAUUACGGUUGAUCUGUGAUCCUAGGUAUAUGAAUGAUUCCUCUCUUUCAAAUCUCCCGCCAUCUUCGUGGGUGGGUAGGGUGCACAUAUACUUAAUUUUUUCAACAUUCACCAUUAAGCCCAAUCUUGCUGCAGACUCCUCUAAUGCUUUAAAAGCUUCUCUUAUGGUGUUUAUACUCCUUCCCGCAAGAUCCAGGUCAUCCGCAAAUCCUAAAAUCUGGACUGUCUUGUUGAGAAGUGUUCUUGUUACUUGGAUUCCAGAGUCCCUAAUAGCUUUCUCAAGGGAAAAGUUAAACACUAAACAGGCCAGGCCAUCACCCUGCCUCACACCUGUCCUCGUUGUGAAUCCUCUUGAUAGCAUUCUGCCCACUCUAACAAAGCAUACGUUGUCCUCCAUCGUCAUUUUUACUAGAUGAACCAGUUUGGUAGGGAUGCUCAUACCCACCAUUGCCUUAUAUGCUUCUACUCUGUUCAUGGAAUCGUAGGCUUGUUGGAAAUCAAUAAACAGGUGGUGAGUAUGUAUCUGGUAUUCCCUUGUUUUCUCCAACAGGAUUCGUAGGGUAAACAUUUGAUCUGUCGUAGAUUUUCCUUUUCGGAAUCCAGAUUGAUACUUUCCGAGCUCUUAUUCGGCAAAUGGAACAGUCUAUUAUAUGGCAGUCUAUUGAACAGUAUGAUGGAUAGAAUUUUGUACGCGGUGGGAAGGAGAGAGAUGCCCCUGUAGUUAUGACAUACCGAUACAUCCCAUUUCUUAUGAAUGGGGCAAAUCACUGUUUUUUUCCAUUGAGCAGCUAGUCUUUCUUCUCUUCAUAUAUUAAUUAAUAACUCUUGGAGGAAUUUUAUUAUUUCACCCCCACUACAUUUAAAGAGCUCAGCUGGGAUAUUAUCGAUUCCUGGAGCCUUGUUAUUUUUUAAUUUCCCAAUUGCAUCAUGUAUUUCCUCUUCAUCUGGGGGCUCUGUAAAUACCUCAUCUUCCCGUUCCAGGAAGUCACUUAGGAAUGUAUCGUCUUAACAUCCUCUAUUUAAUAGAUUUUGGAAGUGGUUUGCCCAUACUUCCAUGAUUGCAGCUUCCUCGGUGACCAGUGUGCCAUCGUUUUCCCUACUUAAUUCAUAAUUCAGGGGAUGGAAUCCUGUGCGGUCUUUAUUAAACAUUUAAAAGAAUGCCCUGCUACUUUUUUCAUUGAAAGCAGCUUCUAUGUCAGCAAGCCUCUUGGUUUCCCACUGUCGCUUCUUCUGUCUCCGUGUGUGUUUCUCUUCUUCUUCUUGCACGGUACUCCUCUACAUAUCUUCUGGUGUGUUUCUUCUGGAUCAUGGUUCUGCAUGCCCUAUUUUUUUCCUCAUUUAGUAUCCUACACUGUUUAUCGAACCAUGGUUUUCUCCUUUGCUUUUCCUCGAUCUCAAUUACUUCCUUUGCUACCUCAAUCAUAGCUGUUUCACACUCUUUCCAUUGAUUAUCAAUGGUUGCAUUACGGUCAAUGGUCCUAAUCUUUGUAUCCAUUGCAGCAGUGAACCUUAUCUGACUCUCUUCGCUUUUGAGCUUGGAUGUGUCAAACCGCAACACAGGAGCACCGUUUUGUCUUCUUGUCCUUGCAAUCCGUUCUCUAACUUUAGAGAUAAUGAGAUAGUGGUUUGAGUCCACAUUUGCUCCUCGUCCACAUUCACUCCUCUAUAGGAUCUCACAUACAUCAGCGAAGGCGUAUGCCUGGUACUAAUGAGCACAUGAUCAAUCUGUGAAGUUGAGAUUCUCCCAUUAGCUCCAAAUUUUCUCCACAUAGCCAGAUGUAUUUUCUUGUGAGGGAAACAUGUGCUACCAAUGUAAAGACCUUUUGAGGCUGCAAAGUUUAUGAGUCUCUUCCCAUUGUCAUUGGAAAUAUCAUGUAAGCUAUGGAGACCUAUUGUUGGUCGAUAUGCAGGUUCUUUGCCUACUUGUGCAUUAUAAUCAUCUAGCACAAUCUUCAUGUCGUAUCUGGGACUGCUUUCGACACACUUUUCAAGCUCUUCAUAGAAGGUGUCUUUCACGUCCUCUACUGACACUUCUGUAGGUGCAUGGACACAUAUUAGGCUAAUGUUGUAGAACUUCCCCUUAAGACAGAGCAUGCAGAGUCUAGGACUAAUCCGUUUAAAAUCAACCACAUUCUGAGAUAGUUUUUUGUUAACAACAAAAUCAGUCCCGAAUGUGUGGAGGCGGUCAUCAUAGCUAUAGUAUACAGUGUGGUUUCCUUUCUUUAGGCUGCCCUGCCCGUUCCACCUGAUUUCCUGAAUGGUAGCUAUGUCUAUUUUAUAGUUUUCAAGUGUAUUUAGAAGCACUUUGAUACGUUCUUUGAAUUAUUAUUCACUAUAAAUUAUUCACUAAUUUAAUUUUCUAAAAGGUUACAUGAUGAUUUUUUGUAAUAAAGGGACGAUAGAUACCUAAUUAUUUAAAUAUAAUAUCAGAUCUAGAGUUAUUCGAGAACCCUAUCAAAAUAAAGUAAAUAUAUUUAAGGUUAUAAACGUAUCCAUGAAAUAUUUUUAUAUUUCAUUUCUUUUCCGACUGCUCCAACACCUACUAGACAAACACUCUAAACUUUCAAUUAAUUACAAAAGACUCAUCUACUUAACCAUACUAAGACCUAUAUGGACAUACGGAGUUGAGCUUUGGGGUUCUACCAAACCAUCAAAUUCCUAUCGUAUCCAAUACAAAAUCCUUCAUAAAAUCCUCCAUAAAAUGCUCCAUAUUUUGUUACAAAUAAAACCAUUCAUAAAGACCUUAAUGUUCCAUAUGACACUGUUUUAGCCCGACCCAGAUACCUAUGCUUCCAUGAUAAACUCCAAUCCCAUAUGAAUCCACUUGUUUCCACCCUUGCUUCUUCCUCGAUUCCUGAUAAUCUUCCUAGGCAUCUGAAAAGAUGUCCUCGUGAUCUUCUCAUCUAUAAUUAAAUAGGAAGUGCUACCACUGGGCAGUAUCUCUUCAAGUCUGUUCAUGUAAUUAUUUCUAAUGUGUGCAUUUUUACUAGUUGUAUUGUUUAUAGAGUUGUAAAUUUCAUUUAAUAAAUGAAAAAAAGAUAUGUCACUUCUUCUUUCACACAAGUAAAAUGAAAUAGUAUCUUAAAUGAUGUCAUUGGCUUGAAUCCGUGGAUUUUAAAGACUUUUCAAACUAAAAAAAAAGUUCUAAUAAUUUACAUUUACUAAGAAAAUUUCAUUUAAUUUUCUUGAAAACGCGUGAUUUACCUUAAAUAAUGUUAGUUUUUAUAAAUUAUUAUUUAUAUUUUUUUCGCCACUCUUUGUUACCUUCUACAAUUUUAUAUAUUAGGUAUUGUUUUGUUUUUUUCCCUAUUCUCCGCUUUUCAACGAUAUAUUACUCGUACACCUUCUGACUAUUAUUUCCGCCCUAGAUAUGUAUUUUUCUUCUGUAUUCAAUUAUCAUUAUUCUUUCAAAAGUUAUUAGCAUUUUUUCAUAACUCCUAACAAUGAGAAAUAGUUAUUAUUUAUAAUAAAUCAAAUUAAAGAUACUUUAGAGAAAGACAGGAUAAUUUUGGGAUUUCACAAAGGGAAAAUUCAUCAAAUUAUUCACUAAUUUAAUUUUUUUUAAAGUUACAUGACGAUUUUUUGUUGUACGUUUAAAAUUUAAAUAUAAUAUCAGAUCUAGAAUUAUAAAACUACAGUAAAUGUAUUUAAGGUUAUAAAUAUAUGCUUUAUACAUGCAUGAAGAGAUUUGAUAUUUCACUUCUUUCACACAAAUACAAUGUAAUAGUUGUUUAAACAAUGGCAUUGCUUUGAUUAGGUGGAUUUUAAAUACUUUUUUCAAACUUUAAAAUAUUUUAAAAGUCUUCAUUUAGUUAGUAAAUUUCAUUUAAUUUCUUUGAAAACAUGUGAUUAAUGUUAAAUAAUAUUAUUUUUCUUCUGUUCUUCCUCCUUGUGUGCCUUUUAGCGUGAAGGAGCCUCCAGCCACUUCGACCAUACAUCCCUGUCUUGCCAAUUCCUUCAUCUGACAUGGGGUUUUUCCUCUAUCCUCAUCUAGUCGCUGGAUAUGUUCCAGAUAUGUUCUUCUAGGUCUGCCCUGUGGUCUUCUGCCAGUUGGCCUCGCUUCCAUACAUUUCCUUGGUACUCUGCUUUCUUCCAUUCUACACAUGGGCCUAUACCAUCGAAGUUGCUGGCAUUCCAUAGUUGCUUUCAGUGAGGGUAUCAGUAGUUCCUCUCUUAUUCUUUCAUUCCUCACUUUGUGUCUCCUGGUUUUUCCCAAAAUUCUUCAUAAAAAUUUCAUUUGAGCAGCCGUAAUCCUGCUUAAGUGUUUGUCUUGGCUGAUCCAGCUUUCGCUGCCAUAUAAUUAUGUAGGGAGAUAUACUGCUUUAUAGAAGUGGAGUUUGACAUUUCUUCCUACCUCUCUGUUUCCCACAAUGUCUUUUGCAAAUCUGGUAAUAUAUACUGUUUGCUUUCUUUAUUCUGUUGGAAACUUCUUGUUCCAUUUUCCCAGAUUUGUUGAAAAUUGUUCCAAAGUAUGUGUAGUAGUCUACAUUCUCCAGCUCCUCUCCAUUACAUGUUCUCCACAUAUGGAUUCAUACAGGAUAAACAUUCUUGGUAUAUCUGAGGUGAAAAGGAAAGGAAUUGAAGAAGUGGGUCUGGAUAAGGGUUACACUCUAAUAUAUUCAAGGGUCCCUAAAGGGGAACAUGCUAAAGAAAGUGUCGGCUUUGUUAUUAAGGAAGAAUUGGCACAAGGAAAUGGAAGAAUGGGAGGCCGUCUUGCCUAGGAUAAUAACAGCUAAUUUCCAGCUAUCUCUGGGUAUAAUCACUAUAGUACAAAUUUAUGCUCCAACUCAAGACUCCUCUGUGGUAGAAAAGGAACAAUUUUACUCAGACAUAGAAAUAAUAACAAACAAGUUCAAAAGGAUGAAUAGGAAUAUUAUCUGUUGUGGAGACUUCAAUGCAAGGAACGGAUGGAAUUUUAGAGAUGCGCAUGGAAUCAUGGAGCUGAAAAGACAAAAAAUGAAAAUAGGCAGAGAUUGAUAGAUUUAUGCGUUGAUAAUAACAUGCUUAUUGGUAACUCCUUAUUUCCCCAUAAGAGGGUUCAUAAAAGAGCACAGGAAAGAAACAGUGUUAUUGAUUACUUUAUAUUUGAAGAAGAGAUCAGAUGCUGGUUCGCAGAUAUUAAAGUGAUCAGCUGUGCUGAAAUAGACAAGGAUCAUUUGCAUUUGGUCAUAGACACACAGAUAAUGAAGCCUAGAAACAUGAAAUUCAAGACAUACAAGAAGUGACGUGUGAGCCCUUGAUUCAGUGGAGAAAAGACAAGAAUAUGACCAGAAGCAAAACUGAAAAAGUUAGACCAUAAUGGGACUGUGGAAGAAAUCUGGAAGUUUCUAAAAGAUAGCAUACUUGAAUCAGCAAGGUCAGUAUGUGGAGUGAAGAAAAUAAUCACCAGAUAUAAGCACACAAAUUGGUGGAGCAAAGAAACAAUACACAGAAAGAAAAAGGCAUACCUGAUAGACCCUAUGCCACAGAACUGAGAAGAGUAUGUUAAGCACUGGCGGAUCCAGGAUUUAAUUUUGGAGGGGGCUUCAGCCCGAAAGAUUUUUUUUCAUAUACAUAUAACGAUAAUUAAUUAGAAAAAAAUAAAAGAAAUUAACUACCUAUAUCAAAUGGUGUUUAAGUGGUUCUUGAAGUUUUAUUAAAUGUAAUUACACGAACAAGAAUACUUUAAGAGAUAGUUUUUAAUAUUUCUUUCUGUAAAACAUAGUUAUAUUUUACCAUUUUGCGGGGGAGGGGCUUCAGACCGGAAGCCCCCUCUCCGUAGAUCCGCCUGUGAUGUUAAGUGGAGGAAUGAUACUAAGCAUGUUAUUAGAGAGGACAAGAAAAAGUCAUGGGAAGAAUUUGACGACUUUUGACCUGUCUAUGGCAGACAAUGCCAAUCUCUUAAUUCCGUUUAAGUAAACUUUGAAUGGAUAAUGGAAAAUAACAGUUUAAUAACUAAUAGUCGUACAAUCCAUCAACCGAUGAUAUAAGAAAUAAAAC